CGCAUAUUAAGUGUAAAAAAUCGAAAAAUAGUUUAUUAGGUUAUGUACAGGAAUUACAUUAAUUGGUAUAUAAUUUUUGAUAGUACUACUAUGUACUGAAUGAGUGUAAUGAAUGAGUUUGUUUUACAGUCUAGACGGAUGAUUGGCGGCGUUUAUCAUAAUUUUCGAUGUGAAUAUAUCGAUAUCUCAACAACUGAUUAAAUUUUAUCAGUAUCUGGCAAUGCCCUUAAACUUUACCGAAAUUGAGUAUAACAUGUACGUACAUAGCACGGACCGGAAGUGAUACGCUUUACGAUCAUCUGAUAUUUCUUUAAACGUGAAAUAGUCUCAAAUUAGAAGUGAAUAUGUCGACUCGGUAUUCCUCAGAAAGUCAGCUGACUUAUGGCAAACAUUUGGGUCGCAUUCAUCGUUUGGAAAUUGUGCAAAAAAGACGAUCCCGUUACUAGAAUAUAAGUUUUACAUCCGCUACGUUUUACAUGCGAAGCUAACUUAAAACUAACCCUCAGUUAUUUUUAAUAAUUUUUCAAUUUUUCUUACGACAUUAUAGAGCAUUCUAAUUUACGUAAAAUUUAAAAUAAAAAGUUAUUUCGUGUUCUUCUACAGUUAUCAUUGCGAUGACAUUAAACAUUGGAAUCACCAUCUAUUGGAAGCCUGUGGAUGGCUAAAUUACUUACUUUUUGUAUAAUCAACAUUUCUUUGAUCUAGUCGCUGACCUACCCAACAAUAAAAAAAUAUAAAAAUCGAUUUUCUUUGUUCAUUUUCUGUACCAGUUGCCUACACCUGCUCUCCUUCGCUUGUGUUGCGUCACACAUUCCCACUGCGGGGUAUGAUUUCUGUACCUGAUCUUGCAUCUUUGUCAUGUACCUACAUUUUUCAAUGUACUGUUCUUUUCUGUAUCCCUCGAGGGUUUUUGUGGAUCCCUUCACCCUUAUUACGUAUUUAUGUCUAGCAUAUGCGAUCCGUGUAGGUGUGUAAAAUUGUUGUUGUGUGAGUGUGGGAACAGGGAAUAAAAAUUUUCUUCAUCGCCGUAUAGGUAGUCGUGUCUUGCCCUGCGCGUGAGUUGAGUUGUUUGUGCGUACAGAAAUGUGAGUUGGAUGAUUUUUGGCGGGAAAUGUUUUUUGAUCGUGGGAAAUAUACUUGUGAUACAGUUUUCAUGAUUGUUUUCUAACGUGAAUAUGGAGUGGCAGCUAAAGAAUUCUGUCUAUGCUUCACUCUAUUUGGAUAAAUCGGCGUAAUGUUAUAUGAACAGAGCGGCCAUGAGUCGGAGUCGAGCGAGUAUUCAGAGGACUCGGUGGUGUAUGAGGAUGUGCCGGCUACAACCAAAAGCGCUGGGCCGCGGAAGAAUAUGCAAAACAUCAAUAGGGGAAGGUGGACGAAGGAGGAGGAUAAGAAGCUAAAGAUGUACGUGAAGGUGUAUAAUAAGAAUUGGGAGUUGAUAGCUGCGAAUUUCGCAAACAGAUCCGACUUCCAGUGUCAGCAAAGGUGGAGUAAGGUCCUCAACCCUGAACUAGUCAAAGGUCCCUGGACCAAAGAGGAAGACGAGAAGGUGAUAGAUUUGGUUGCCAGAUACGGACCGAAAAAAUGGACACUCAUAGCACGGCAUCUCAAAGGCAGGAUAGGGAAACAGUGCAGAGAGCGUUGGCACAAUCAUUUGAACCCAUCCAUAAAGAAGACCGCUUGGACGGAACACGAGGACCGCGUCAUAUAUCAGGCGCACAAGCAGCUCGGCAACCAGUGGGCGAAGAUUGCCAAACUGUUGCCCGGACGGACUGACAAUGCAAUAAAGAACCACUGGAAUUCGACAAUGCGAAGAAAGUAUGAGCCUGAUAUGGAAUUAUUCGAUAACCUAAGAAGGAAGAGAGCUAAGAAGGAUAAUAUAGCCACUUCUACACCAACUAGAAGGCCGCAGUCUAGAUAUAAUGAAUCAUGGAACGACCCAUUCAACGAGUCCAUACAAAGCAACUCUUCCACAACAAGCAACCAACAACCAUCCAAACAAGUGCUCCACUUCAGGCAAUUAUUAAAAGAGCAAAUAUCGCAUGUUCAACAACAACAACAACAAAAUCAUCAACAACAAGAGCAUCAACCAAUACAAAUCCAAAGAAAUAGUUCUCCAGAGAGAGGAGGAUUGGUCGCUGCAGACGUAGAGAUUGUGGACUCACCGUUUAAAUUCAUCAAUAUCGAAACGCUUCCAACAAAUUCAACUGUGAGGAGUUACUUGUCACAAGCGUCCACUAGCGAUAACAGUAACCAAGAUGCAGUAACAUACUCAGUCCAAGAAGAGAGUAUGAAAGAGAUAGUUGUUCCCUCUGUCUACACUUCUCCGAAGAAGAAGCUUCUAGAUUCUAAUAGUCCUCCACCGAUACUAAGAAGAAAACCGAAGAAGUUAUUAACACCCAACCCCAAUAUAUGGUCAGAUCCAAUGUCUAGCGGAGUGACGCCUAUUAAAGCGUUGCCGUUCAGCCCUUCGCAGUUCCUCAAUUCCCCGGCGGGAAUAUCGUUCGCGCAAUUCGAUUCUACGCCUUUGAGAACUAAUAUGCAUAAGGAUUGGGGAACGAGUCCAUUAUUGAAUACUCCAACACCAGCUAAUAUCACUCCAGGGAAUGCUAACAUACGAAACAAUACUCCCAAAACCCCUACACCCUUCAAGAUAGCUAUGGCAGAGAUCGGCAAGAAAUCAGGCUUAAACUAUGAACCUUCAAGCCCGGGCUUAUUAGUGGAAGAUAUAACAGAAAUGAUCAAGAGAGAAGAGAAAUCAGAGACAAGCGUGCAACUCAACGAUUCUUUGUUGUCUGCAGCCGCAGAUCAGGAGGGAAAUCAGGUUAACGAUUCCGGCAUAGGCAGUCUGAAACGAAGGUGCUCCGAAGGCUCCCAAGGCAAAGAAAAUCUCCCCGGAGUUCAUAAGAAGGCCCGGAAAGCUUUAGCCACCAGUUGGGGCACGGCCACCAGUACUCCGCAUUCUCACACUUUGGUCCCGGAGGUGGCUUUCAUUGUUGAGACUCCGAGCAAAACUUUAGCCGGCGACAGUUCCGUAAUGUUCUCACCGCCGUCCAUAGUGAAACACUCCCUUCUAGAAGAGUCAACCAGUCUCCAUAGUCUUAUAAGCGCCGAAAACACGCCAGAGACAAGCAAAUUCCAAGACAUAGACAUUGAAGCGGUGAUCAGCGAAAAAACUAAGGUACAACACCGGUCCUCAAUCCCUACUAAUCCUAAUACCUUACCCCAAAACGAAUUAAUACUAUACCAAAACCUUUACGAUAACCAAAACGUGUUCCGGGACAUAACUAACUUAGAAUCACCUAGAACUUUCGCAAGAUUAAACGCGGAUAGACUUAGAACUAUAACGACAGCAAACGAAUUAGCUUGCGAAAAUAACUUGAUAGCUCCCAAAGAAGUUUUAGCCAACGCUUUCGCGGACCACAUUUAUAAAGUAACCAAUCAGAAGCCUUCUACGUCGCGUAUCGAUGAGAUUCUGACCAAUAAGAUUAUGGGGAAUGUCAAAAACAACGAAAACGAAAAGGAGAAUCAGUGGUGGCAAACGGAGAACAAAGAUACGGGACAGACGGAUGGUAAUAUUUUCGGUAAUGAGUAUUUUAUAUUCGGCGAUGGUUAUGUGGAAUGAAUAAGGGAUUUUUUGUUAAUAUGAAAUGUUCAUAAGCAUAUAUGGUUGUUUGGAUCAUAUAAAAAAUGGUUAAUGCACAUUCCUGAAAUUGCUGUGAAGGAUAUAGAAUUCGUAUUUUUUUUUAAUAAAAAAAUGUUUAGUCGGGACAAUCCUCAAACUAAAGUUGAUAAAAAUAUAUUUUCAUUUCGUUUGAACAGGAUAUUGAAAAAACUUCAAUGACGAAAAUAAGAUAAAUAUAAUAUUACUGACUGAUUUCUUUGAAUUUCAGUAAAUUAAGUGAAGUCCAAGUACCGUCACUAUUUAAAUUCAUAUGUUAAAAUUAAAAAAACAUUGUUCUGAAGAGGUUUUGAA